AUGACAAAAACGCAAAUUUACACUGUUAAAUUAUCUGGUACUGGAUUGCCUUUAACUUUAGGAAAGUAUAUUUGUCUUCCUCCUCCUUUUGUCCCAUAUUAUCUUCGUUUUGAAAUUGAUGAAAUAACUUCUAUAUAUUAUAAAAGUGUAUUGAAACAUAAUUUUCCUCCUAAGGGUUUGAAAUUUAGUAGGGAUAAAUGGUAUAGUAUUUCAUUGAAUAUUGAUUUUAAUUCCAUUACAAAUAUUGAUAUUUUAAUUCAUAUAGCUGGUUCAUUUUCUUAUAAAAUAGAAUAUUCUCAAUUAUCAUCAUGGGAAUUAAAAGAAUAUGAGCAUUCUGUUUCUCAGAAAUCAACUGAUGAAUUUUAUUUUACUGUAUUACCUGUAUUAAAAAUUAAUGGCUCUCAUAUUCCUUUAAAUUCUCUUGCAAUUCAAAGUGUUGUUUCUAAAUGGAUGGGGCCUAUUUCAGAAUGGGAUAAAAUUAUGUAUUAUAUCGGGAAUAAAAAAGGUUAUAAUAUGAUUCAUUUUACGCCUUUGCAGUCUUUAGGUGAAAGUAAUAGUCCAUAUAGCAUUUAUGAUCAAUUGAGUUUUUCUGAUGAUCUUUUUGACGUAAAAUUAGAAUCGGAACAAAAGAAUGAUAUUAUAGAUAAAUAUUUAAGAAGGAUGGAGACAGAAUGGGGUCUUUUAUCUAUAACUGAUGUUGUUUGGAAUCAUACUGCUAGAGAUUCUAAAUGGUUACAAGACCAUCCUGAAGUUGGUUACAAUUUGGAUAAUUCUCCUCACCUUAUUGCUGCAUAUGAAUUAGAUACUUCUCUUCUUGAAUUUUCUGCAAAUCUUGGGGAACUUGGGUAUCCUAUUAAUCCUAAAAAUACGGAUGAUCUUUUAAAAAUUAUUGAUGGUAUUGAAAAUUGUGUAUUAGAAGAUUUAAAGUUAUGGGAAUUUUACGUAGUAAAUGUUAAAGAAUCUGUAAAAUAUACUUUAGAUGCUUACAAAAAGAAAAAAAUGGCUAGAUUGGAUGAUAGGUUUAAUAUUGAUCUUAAUUGGUCAUUAAAAGAAAAAGUUAAUGCUUUUAUUGAUGCUUCUGCAAUAACCAACUAUAACGUUCUUGGAGAGAGGUUUGCUAAACGUCUUGUUCCUGAAAUUGGUGCUGCUAUAUUAUGUAAGUUGUUUGGGAUUGAUAUAGAAGAACAAAUAUUAGAUAAAGAAUUAACAAAAAUAUUGGAUGAGUUCAAUUUGAAAUAUUAUAUUGAAUACGAUGUUGAUAAAAAAAUAAUAAUCGAGCAGAUAUAUAACCGCUCGAAGUAUUUAAGAUUAGAUGAUAAUGGACCAAAAAAAGGAGAAAUUUCACGAAAGAAUCCUCUUGUGGAAACUUAUUUUUCUCGUAUUGAAAGGAAUAAAAACACAUUAUUAUAUCCUGAUAGAAGUUUAUGUUUAGUAAAUAAUGGAUGGGUUUGGAAUACUAGCUUUAAUGAUUUUGCUGGUCAAGAAAGUAAGGCUUAUCUUUUGCGUCAGGUAAUAGUAUGGGAAGAUUGUGUUAAAUUGAGAUAUGGAAAAAAUCCUGGUGAUAAUCCGUAUUUAUGGAAUCAUAUGACAAAAUAUACUCAGACUCUUGCAAGAUUAUUUAAUGGAUUUCGUAUUGAUAAUUGUCAUUCUACUCCUUUGCAUGUUGGGGUUUAUCUUUUGGACAAAGCCAGAGAAAUACGUAAUGAUUUGUAUAUUGUAGCAGAAUUGUUUACGGGGAAUGAAGAAAUGGAUGUUAUUUUUACGCAAAAGUUAGGUAUAAGUAGUCUUAUUAGAGAAGCAAUGCAAGCAUGGUGUCCUGGCGAAUUGUCAAGAUUUAUACAUAAAUAUGGUGGAAAGCCAAUGGGCUCUUUAGAUAAUAUUUCUUCAAAAUAUUCUUUUUUGGCAACAGGUAGUAAAAGUAGUAAAUCUUUAAACGUUGUUUCUGUACAAAGUUCACAAAUACACACCUUAUUUAUGGAUUGUACUCAUGACAAUGAGAUGCCUGCUCAAAAAAGAAUAGCAAAUGAUACAUUACCGAAUGCAGCUUUAGUUGCAAUGUGCAAUUGCUCUAUAGGGAGCGUUAUGGGUUAUGACGAAAUUGUGCCUUGUUAUAUUAAUAUAGUUAUGGAAUCACGAAAAUAUUAUUAUUCUUUAGAGAAUAUUAUUGGUAUAGGGAAUGUCAAAGCUAUUUUAAAUAAAAUUCAUGUUGAAAUGGGCAAAGACAAUUUUGAAGAAAUAUAUGUUCACCAUGAAAAUAGUUAUAUUACAGUGCAUACUGUUAAUCCAAAUAAUUAUCAUGGAUAUUUUUUAUUAGCUCAUACUGCGUUUUCUAUGCAUGAAGAUAACAAAAUAGGACCUAUUGUAUUAAAAGGAACGAAAGUUGAUGUCGUUUUUUCAUUGUCUUUGGAGAUAAAAUCAUUUCAAAAUUCAGAAGAUCCUAAUUUUAUAAAAGGACUUUCUUCUACUGUUGUUGAAUUAGAUAGUCCAAUAAUUACUACUGGCAAAGAUUUAGAGGGAUUUUUUACGCGCAUUGAAGUGCCAAGAGAAUUUCCUCCUGGAAGUAUUUUUUUAUUGAAAACAUGGGUUGAAAGUGUUGAUAAUUUAGAUAAUUUUAUCUGUACUGAUCUUGACAGUAUUAUGGAAAGUUUUGAUCUAGUAGAUUUAAAUGCCGUUAUGUAUAGAUGUGAUCAAGAAGAAUAUGAUACCAUUAAUGGUGGAUGUUAUAAUAUUCCGGAUUUUGGGAAUUUGGUUUAUUGCGGAUUCGAAGGGUGGAUGCCUAUUUUAAAAGAAAUUAUUCAAAGUAAUCUUUUAAAUCAUCCUCUUUGUGAACAUCUUCGUCAAGGUCACUGGGCUUUAGAUUAUAUAGUUCAAAGGUUAUAUAAAAUGGAAAAUAUGCUGAGUCAACUUCAACAACUUGCAACUUGGCUUCAAGUGCGCUUUUCUAGAAUUAGAAGAGUUCCUAGUUUUUUGUUACCACGUUAUUUCAUCACAAUUGUAUAUUUGGCAUCAAUGGCUGCACGAAAUAGAGCUAUUAAUCUUAUGUCUCCGCUUGUUCAAAAUGGGCAUACUUUUAUUAAAUCUUUGUCGCUUUGCUCUGUGCAAAUGCAUGGGAUUGUUAAGUCUGCUUCUCUUGAUCCCUUUACAAAUAAGCCUUGUCUUUCUGCUGGGUUACCUCAUUUUUCGUGUGCUUGGAAGCGUUGUUGGGGUCGAGAUACUUUUAUUUCUCUUCGAGGUUUAUUUCUAGUAACAGGGAGAUUUGAUGAUGCAAAAAGGCAUAUUCUUGCCUUUGCGUCUGUUUUAAAGCAUGGGAUGAUUCCAAAUCUUCUUGAUUCUUUUAAAAGGCCUCGGUAUAAUUCUCGUGAUUCUGUUUGGUUUUUUUUACAAGCAAUUCAAGAAUAUACUAAAUUGGUUCCUGAUGGAAUACAAAUAUUAUAUGAGCGUGUUAAAAGAAGGUUUCCUUUAGAUGACUCUUUUGUUGAGUUGGAUGACUAUAGAGCAUAUUCUUAUGAAUCAACUAUUUUGGAAAUUAUUCAUGAGAUAAUGCAACGACAUGCUUCAGGUCUUCAUUUUAGAGAAGCAAAUGCAGGGUUAGGGCUAGAUACUGAAAUGACUGAUAAGGGCUUUAAUAUUGAUAUUUAUGUUGAUUGGAAAACAGGGUUAAUAUUUGGUGGUUCUAAAUAUAAUUGUGGAACAUGGAUGGAUAAAAUGGGAGAAAGUCUUAAAGCUGGAAAUAAAGGUGUUCCUGGUACUCCGAGAGAUGGUGCUGCCAUAGAAAUAUCUGGAAUGCUUAAGAGUACGUUAAGGUGGAUAAAUGAACUUCGAAGAAAAAAUAUUUAUAAAUGGCAUUGUGUUAACAUUGAAGAAAAUGGUGAAUUUAAAAAUGUGACUUUUGAAGAAUGGGAAAAAAAAAUUCAAGAGAAUUUUGAAUUUUGUUAUUAUGUACCAUUCGAUCCUCAGGAUGAUUGUAAAUAUGAUGUUAAUGUUUCAAUGAUUAAUAGAAGAGGAAUAUAUAAAGAUGUUUAUCAUAGUAAUAAAGAAUAUGAAGAUUACCAACUUAGACCUAAUUUUGCUGUUGCAAUGAUUGUUGCGCCUGAGCUUUUUACUUUCAAAUAUGCUGUUCAAACUAUUGAAAUAGCAGAUAAUGUUAUUCGAGGACCUAUGGGUAUGUUAACUUUGGAUCCUUCUGAUAAAGAUUAUCGUCCAUAUUACAUAAAUUCAUACGAUAGUGAUGAUUUUGCAACAUCUAAAGGUAGAAAUUACCAUCAAGGGCCAGAAUGGUUAUGGUGUACAGGGUAUUUUUUGAGAGUAUUUCUUUAUUUUAAUAUAUUUCAUUAUGAUUUCAUAAAAAAUAAAGAUAUAGUUUGUUACCACAUUCAUGAUCGUUUGGUUACAUUGAUGAAAAAAAUUCAAGAAAACCCAUGGGCUGGUUUGGUAGAAUUAACUAAUAAAAAUGGGGAGUUUUGUAAUGAUAGUAAUAAUACUCAGUUAUGGUCCGCGUCUACUAUAUUAGAUCUUUAUGAUGAUAUUUCAAAAUUAACUUUAAAUAAAUGA